AUGUCGAGCGGGCUGCUGUGCUCAUGCCAGGUUGAUCAUCGGCUUGCCAAGCAGGCUAUCAGACUCAUAGCGUUUGCGGAGCAGCCGUUGAACCGUUGGUGCCUUGGUGCGGUGGAGGCCGUUCAGCUGGGAGAGGAGCGGAUCUGCAGCGUGCGGCGUGGUACAGGUAUGUUUUCGGUGCUUUCUGCCGGUGCUUGUCGCGUUUCAACAGAGUCCGCGCCGAAACGGAUGUGGGAGAUCCGUUACCCUUCGACGGAUGUCGGACUUCCGUCGACGGAUGUGGGAUAUCCGUUGAAGGAAAUGGCAAGAACACGUGGUGCAUCUUUUAGUUCUCGUGGAGAGAGUUCUCGAGGAGAGAGUUCGUCGCAGGGCGAAGCUCGGAGAAGAUCUACCGUUUCUGCUCGUAGAAGUCGUGCAACUCCUAUCCAGGAUGACCCCAUAGCUGAGGAGCGAGCCGUUGAGGAACAAACAUAUGAGGCGUAUGAGACUCAUGGUGAAGAGAAUGCAUUUACGGCCCCUAACGACGAUGAUGAUGAGGAGGAGCAUGUGGAUGUUCAUGACAUACAAGAGGAUGUCGGUGGAUUUCCUGGAGGUCCACGUGAUGGUUCAUUGCUGACCCACUAUGUUCAGCAUGUAGCUUAUGCUAUUUCACAAGGCCGGGAUCGAGGGGACACGCUGAAGUUGAUCUCUCAUGGAAAAAAAGUAAAUAAGUUAGGACCAUGCCACGAGGGAAUUCAACACAUUGUGUUGAAUUCUAGUUUGAUGCCUCUUACAGGGAUUUGUUAUGAUUACGUUGAUAAGGGGUUACUCCUCAGAUUCAUAGAGAGGUGGCAUUUUGAGACCAGUAGUUUCCAUCUCCCUAUAGGAGAGAUGUCGAUUACUCUUGAUGACGUCUCGACAUUACUUCACCUACCCGUGAUGGGGCAAAUGUGUGAUUUGGAGGAGUUGGAGUUUGAGGAGGCUCGUACAGCCCUUGUGCAACUACUCGGCGUUGAUGGUGGCACAACAGGUUCUGAGAUGGAGGACGCACGUGGUCCGAAAGUCAGACUCAGCUGGCUUAGAGAGAUAUAUGUUCAGAGGUGUGAGUCGCAGCAUUGGGACUAUGCUGCUAGAGCAUAUUUGUUGCAUCUAGUAGGAUGCACAAUUUUUGCAAAUAAGAGUGCCAGUUCUAUACGCGUGUCUUACUUAUUAUUAUUUAGAGACGUACACGCGUGUGGCAGAUAUGCCUGGGGUGUUGCUGCACUCGCCUAUUUGUACGACCAGCUCGGGGAUGCGAGUCUCGCCUCCACGAAGCAGAUGGCUGGAUAUUUGACUCUAUUUCAGAGUUGGAUAUAUGAACAUUUCCCUAGUAUGGGGAGGAGGCGGUUGGGAGCUUCUUACGAUGACACCACACCACGUGCCAUGAGGUGGCAGAGCCCUAGGCAGAGUUCCACUCUCACAGAGAUUCGAUCACAGUUGGAUGCGCUGACAUACAGUGGAGUUGUAUGGCAUCCGUAUGAGGGGCAUCGGGGCAUUCGGCCAUUCUUCGGCAUCUGUAUGUAUUCUGGAUGGAUUCGGAUUGGUGACACCCUUUGUCGUCAUUUGCCUGAGCGUGUGCUGAGGCAAUUUGACUUUAUGUACACUACAAGAAAAAAUUGA